UCUCUGCUCCCCUCCUCGGAGGGCUCCGGGUGUUCCCAUUGGCCGCAGCGGAGAGAGAGGAGGAGGAGACGGACGGACUGGCAGGAAUUCCUCGGCUCUCCUCAAAUUUCUUCGAACCGCGGAUCUCCAGCAACGACUCCAUCCGGAUAAAAUACUCCGACCAGCACCGCUUUUUCCUUCCUGAGCGGGGCCGCUUUGUUGUUUGAUCGAAAUGAUGUUGAGAAGCGUCGCUGUACUCCUUCUGCUGGCCGUGGCUCUCUGUCGAGCAGAGGAGCUGCAGAGCAAGGGCAAAGUCUGUGCCAAUGUGUUCUGCGGGGCCGGCAGAGAGUGCGCAGUCAACGAAAAGGGGGAACCCAGCUGCCUCUGCAUUGAGAGCUGCAAGCCCCAUAAGAGGUCAGUGUGUGGCAGCAAUGGUAAGACCUACAGGAAUCACUGCGAGCUCCACAGAGAUGCUUGUCUGAGCGGCCUGAAGAUCCAAGUGGCUCAUGAUGGACAUUGUCGGGAAAAGGAAACAGACCAAGCAGCUGCCAGCCCAGUGGUGUGCUACGCUGCUGACCGCAAUGAGCUGAGGGGUCGCGUCAUCCAGUGGCUGCAGACCGAAGUCGUCCCUGACGGCUGGUUUGCCAAGGGAUCCAACUUCUCUGAAAUCCUCCUCAAAUACUUCAAGUCGUACGACAAUGGCGAUUCUCAGCUUGACUCCUCCGAGCUGCUCAAAUUCAUCCAGCACAACGAGUCGGUUGGAGAGCUGCAGUCCUACGCAGACCAGGAGAGCAACAAGCUGCUCAGGAGCCUUUGCAUCGACGCCCUCAUUGAGCUCUCUGAUGAGAACGCUGACUGGAAGCUGAACUUUGAUGAGUUCCUCAACUGUCUGAAGCCUGGUUUCAACCCACCAGAGAAGAAAUGCGCCCUGGAGGACGAGACAUACGAGGACGGGGCAGAGACCCAGGUUGAAUGCAACCGCUGCGUCUGCGCGUGCGGCAACUGGGUCUGCACCGCGAUGACCUGCGGCGACAAACAGGCGGCAGUGGGUGAGUCAGCAGAUGCUGAAGCAGAAAUGACAGAGGAGGAGUGGAACCUCCGCGUGGCUGAGCUCAACAAACACCAGGAAACGGUUGAGAAGAUGAAGGCCAGCACAAAAGAGGUCUGAGUGAGGACACUUAAAAAAAAAAAGAAGAGGAUGCGUGCCAUCGCCCUUCUUUAAUACUUGACUUCCCUCGCGAACAAGUUUUAUCUAACUGACUUUUUUUAUGUUUCCCCGAUAUGUUAAUUAUUCUACAUUUUUGCGGUGUUUAAGUGUAUGCUGUGUCUGUUUGUUUCAAGGGCAUUCUGAAUGGAAACAGAUCGCCUUUUGCUCAAUGCUGUUACGUUCAAAUGUAUUACUGCGCCCCUACGCUAGUCCCAGGGCCUUUUUUUUUUUUUUUUUCCUACUAUCUUUAUAUAUUUUUUACAUUUACUACAAAAGAAAGAAGUAGCAGCUGUUUUAGGGAUUUAUAUGUGUGUGCUAUUGAAGGUGGUAAAGGUAGGAACUUAAACUUGUUGAAAUGAGGGCACCUGGUUUAAGGGUUUUUAAGAAGGUAAAGGCUACUUGCGACUUUGUUGCCGUAGACAGUGGCCACCGCUACAACCAUUGCACUUCUUUCUUUCCUCCGAUCUUCCCUUAGUUUACUAAAAAGCAGAAGUACUGUAUGUGUAACUUUAUGCUUUCAUUAUAGUUUUUCAGC